UUUAACAGCAACAUUUGGGGUACACGAGCAGGAACACAGGAAUACUACGGAUAUACAACAGGAAUACUACAAAUACACUAUAGGAAUACUACCAGAAUACCACAGGAGUGCCACAGGAAUACUACAGAGUACUGCAGCAAUAACUAAAGUAUCCAGUACACUGAUGUGGUGAAAGAUCUUUUAAUACUAGUGGUACUAUAGUAAAACUAGUCCUUUACUCUGUAUUAGUAAUAGUAGCCUGUGGUAAUCAUAGUAGUAGUGUUAGUACGAAUUCUUUUAGUAGUAUUAGUUGUAAAGUACUGUGAUGGCCAAGUGGGGAGAAGGAGAUCCUCGAUGGAUUGUUGAGCAGAGAGCUGAUGGAACCAACGUCAAUAACUGGCACUGGACCGAGCGUGAUGUCAGCGGCUGGUCGUCGGAGCGUCUCCGUCAGCUGCUGCUGGGGGUCAGGGUGGAGGGGCCGGAGGGCGUGUGUCAGCUGACUGACGUGUCCAAGCUGGAUGGAGAAGCUUCCAUCAACAACCGCAAAGGAAAACUCAUCUUCUUCUACGAGUGGCAGAUCCGAGCCAACUGGCUGGGGACUUCGAGUGGUGGAGUGAAGUACAGGGGGACGGUGGAUGUGGCCAACCUGUCAGAUGAAAACGACCUAGAUGACCUGGAUAUCUCAGCGUCUCUGUGUAAAGACCAGCCCAACACGCCGCUCCUUGACCUCAUGAGGAAGAAAGGAGUUCAGGAGGUUCGGAGAGUUCUGGGCGAGUACAUCCGCCAGGUUAAGUCAGAGUUCAGCCAGGGGAUGAUCCUGCCUACCGCCACUGGGCCGAAGCCCCCACAGCCACAGAAACCAACCCAUGUCCAGAGCAGUAAAGCCCAGAUUAGCCCAGCCCCAAAGUGUUCCUCUAGCCCUGCCCCCUGCGGGACAGGUGUUCGGAUAUCAACCUGCAGCUUCAAUCUGAAAGAAACCUUCCAAACAUCAGCUGAUGAACUCUACAGGACGUUCAUAAACCAGGAGUUUGUCCAGGUGUUUACGCGCUCUGCAGCCACGGUGGACGGACGUCGAGGUGGGAGGUUCCAACUGUUGGGCGGGAACGUCAGCGGAGAGUUCACUCAGCUGGUACCGGACCUGAGGAUUGAGAUGAGGUGGCGGUUCAGGACGUGGCCCAGUGAGCACUACGCCACCAUCAAGCUGGACCUGGAGGAUCAAGGAGAUGAGACAGAGCUGACGAUGGAGUGUCGAGGUGUUCCUGCAGGCGAGGAGGAUUCCACUAGAGAGGGCUGGACCCGCUUCUACUUCCAGGCCAUCAAACAGACAUUUGGAUACUGAGGCAGUGAACCCUGGAGCUCAGCUGAAAGGCUGAGAGACAGUGGAGGUCGAGGAUGAUUAACUGAACAGGCUAUAAAGGAUCCUGUGGUGUUCCUCAAGGUGCUAUUCUCGUGGCUCUGAUUUUUAGAGGUCUCUGCAUCAUUCACGAUCACACUGCUUUAUCCUCAGGCAAAGGUACUAAUAAGCUGUUUCCACUGAUUAGACCGGUUCAGUUUGGUACGGCAAGGUACGCGUUUGCAUUUCCAUUAUCAAAAGUUGGAAAGGGUCCCAAAUUACUGACUUGAACCACCCCACUUUUUUGGCACCCUUCUGUAGCACCUUUCUGUCCCAAACAGGUGGAGCUACAGGGUUUGCACUGACUUCACUUUGAAUGCAUGACUCGACUGUAUAGCUGGGCUGCAAAACAUGGCUGUCUGCUCUAUGUGGAGUGGGGGAAAACGAGAGAAAACAGACCAAUACCUGCUAAAGUUAGGGUUAUCUAGACUCAAGAGAUCAGUUCAGGAAUACGGUUUCCUGAACUGUUAGCAUUGAUAUGUGGUCACAAAUCGGGUUGCCUGAUGUUUAUGUGGACCUGAUUUCAAGUACACAAAGCAGAGCGAGAAGCCACCCAAUGUACCCAUAAUUUCUUACUCAAUCUCAUUUUAUUUUAACACCAGAUAAACCUUUAGUUUGAUUUCAAUGUGACAAAGUGUCACGGUACAGCUCUCAACUUUUAUACUGUGUAGCGUGAACUGUUAUAGAGUCGGAUAUGUUCACAAGGCGUUCACAGAAACAACUUCAGAAUUUAACCACAUAGAAAUCACACUACUUUACAAAGGUUUUUUUUGUCUUUCCCAUAAAACCAGCUGUGUUAAUCAGACAUGUUGGGACUACUUGUACAGCUAUAAAACAUAAUCAAUUGUCAUUAGCCUUAUCACCUUAGAUAUUUUACCCACUCUUAACAAGGCAACAAAAAUACAUUUUUAUUCAUUUAUGCUGUGUUACAGUAGAGCCUUUUUCAAAAUGUAAAUCAUUGGCUUGAAACAGAAUUACCUUUUUAUUCAUCUUAACAAUCUGAAAGAGCACAUUGAACUUAACCAUUAAGAAAACGAUACCAGACCUCAAAGCUAAGUUGCAGUGUGCACAAAUGUCAGGAUGCCAGAAAAUGAAGCAAAAAAAGUAGACUCUGAUGGAAAUUAUUGAACUACUGUGAAAAGGUUCAAAAAUUGGUAAAAAGUGGUACAAAAGCAAAAAAGUGACAAAAAAGGGGCAACAAGUGGCAAAAGUUCAAUAAAAGCACCAAAGAGAAGUGGUAAAACAGUGGCAAAAAUGGGGAAAA